CUGUCUACUCUAUGGUAUUUUAGUCACCGUGGAAACUACAGCCGCGGCGUCUAGAAUCAACUGCUGCAAGUGAGACGGAGUGAGGCUUCAACCAACCGCCUCCUAGCUUUCAAAGAAUACUAGCCAAUCGGCAUAAAGCUUGUUGCUGUACCGGUAGUUUGAAACUGACAGAACGCUGGAGCUGUCACACAGAGUUUGGAGGCAAGAGAAGAAAGGAGCAGCAAGAUGUCUUCUGAUGAGGAGUAUCGUGAAAGUCCCAUUUUGCCAAAAGAUUCAGACCAUGGCAGUUCAGUGUCCUCAGAUCUUCAGGAUGAAUAUGAUGAGCUUCUCCGCUAUGCAGUUGUAACCCCAAGGUUUGGCCCUCAUUUCCUUGGGCAGAAUCAGCUCAUCACUGAACAAACUAGAAUUGACAAGGUUUCAAGCCCAAAGGAUCCAGUGCAAGAUCAAUCUCCAGCAAGAAAUAACUCAGAGGAAAAUAUUCCAGACUGUUCAGCAGUGAGCACUUCUCAGCGCAGGUCUCCAUCAACAGCAAACGAGGAAGAAAGGGUCAUGUCGGAAAAGAAGAGCUUUCUGUCCGGCUUGGAGGCCUUCUCUCCCCUUCAUUCUGAAGAUCUUUCUCUUGGAGGCUCCACCUCUUCAGGCUCCCAGGUGCAGCAAGUCAGAGUAAAGGAGCUUCCAGUUCCUUCUGAAAAUAUGGACAAAGUGGAAGAUGUGCUAGAUCUAUGGAGUGGCACUCUAAAGACCAACAUCAUGGCGGAGUUAAGCAAGUGGAGACUUACCAUAAUUGAGCAACAUAAACUGGAAAUCAAAAAUCAGAAUGAAAAGCAUGUUGAACAAAUUUCACAGCUGAGCAACCAAAUAGACAAAUUGCAGGAUCUUCUUCAGACAUAUGAAACAUCCAUACAGAGAAAAGACGAGGUCAUUUCUAACUUAACCCAUGCUUUAGAGAAGCACAAGGAGAAAACAGAACUCAUGAGAACAUUUACACACUGGCGACUUCAGCUGACAGAAGCCAGACAAGAGGAUUAUUCGCACAGCCUGGCAGAUAGGCAUUACAAGAGCACGCUGAUGAAGAAUGCAUGGAAGGCCUGGCGCUCUGUCAUUGAAUCAAACUGGAAAGAUAAAAUAGAACAAGCCUGUCGGGCACGAGCUGAAGAAGUCUGUGUUGAAUUGGCCAAUGAUUAUGAAUCCAAGCUGACUCAGCUGAAUGGCGCCCUUGGCGAAGCAAGAGCUGAAGUGCAGAGACUCCUGGCAGAAAGGGGGCAGUUUGAGGGCUCAAUGAAAAAGGCCUUCAUGCGUGGUGUCUGUGCUUUAAACAUGGAAGCCAUGUCUAUGUUCCAAGGAAGAGAGAGUCGCAUGGAGUAUGCAGAUCACCCACCCAGAAGAGAAGAACGGGACCCCAGCCCUUCAGUUACCUUCCAGAAUCCCCCUGUUGGCACCACUCACCCCAGCACAACCUCUGCCCUGCACUCGCCGGUUACCUGUGAGCCAAAUUUUAUCCAUGCCUUCGGCCAAUCAAGUGUUUCCCAGUCUAAGGAAGAUGUAAACACCCCAGCUGUCAUCUCUUCUGUAACUUCAGCCUCAAGUGCAUUACCAACCCAGAAGCUGCCCAUGACCAGAGUGGUCACAUCGUGUCAGCAGAAGGCCGGAAAGACCAUCACUGCACGGAUUACAGCUCGGUCGGAUCUGGCUCAGAGGAGCAGUAAGAUUGGCAGUAACAUCACCUCUAUGGCUGUGAACCCACCAAUGAGCUCUAUUGUGGUUGAAAAGCAUCACCCAGUCACACAGCAAACCAUCUCUCAGGCUGCUGCUGCUAAAUACCCUCGGGCAGCGCUGCAAAGCACUGGUUCCAUUGGUGGGAGGAGCAGCGGCCAGAGUGGAAGAGUAUCACAAACGCACGCUGGAAUUCACUCCAUUAAAGUUGUCGACUGAUUGGCUGGGAAGCUGAACGCAAGGAGCACAGAGAACACUAUGAUGCCAAAACCUGCAGGUUCCUGUGUACCAAGAACUAACCGGCCUAUUGAUUCCAGCUUCCAUACACAGGUGGUAUCAUGUGUAGCGAUGGCGUGCAGAUCAGCGUGGUGCAUGUACAGUAUUUAUACACACACAUCUAUAUGUCAGUUUUCAGCUUGAUUAUUAUCCCACAAAUGUAUCACUUGUGCCAAUGACUGUCUAUUCAAUUCACCAUUAAUUGGAUCAGGGCAUCAAUCAGAAUGUAAAUAUUUAUUUUUCAAUUCUGUUUUGUAGCUUUUUUAUGUAAAUUUUAAUAAAGAAUGAUUUUUGUA